AUGACUUCUCGACUCGUUCGGAUACCAUCGUUGGUGACUCCAGCAUCAAGCACCUUAAUAUUUUUGCAUGGUCUAGGUGAUUCAGGUGACGGUUGGGUUUCUUUAGCCAGAUAUCUACAAGUUGAAUUUCCCAAAAUAUUUAACAAAACUCAAUUUGUAUUCCCCACAGCACCAGUAAUUAAUGUCACAGUCAAUAAUAACUUCCCCAUGAAUGCAUGGUUUGAUCUCUAUGAGUUUGGAUCUUCUGGUAAUUUUAAUUUUGAAUCUAUUGAAAACCAAUAUCCUAAAAGGGACACUGAGGGCUUUAUUAAAUCUCUGGAUUAUAUAAAUGAGCUAAUUGAUGAACAGGUUAAUAAAUAUGGUAUAGACCCAUCAAAGAUUGUGAUUGGGGGCUUUAGUCAAGGUGCCGCUUUAUCUUUAGCCGUCUCAUUAACUGCUAAAAAGAAAAUCGGUGGAAUUCUCUCCCUAAGUGGUUUUCCAGUAUUGCCUAUACCAAAAGCCAAAGCUUUGUUAAGUGACAGUGGUGCUGUUAAUUUGAAUACACCUACCUUCCAUGGUCAUGGUGAUGUAGAUCCUGUCAUUCCACUUAUGUUGGGAAGAUACUCUAAGGAGUAUUAUGUUCACCAAGUUGGAAGUUUGACUAAUUACACCUUAAGGGAAUACAACGGUAUGGCACACUCAACCUGCGAUGAAGAAUUAAAAGACAUAGCUGAUUUCCUGCAAAAAGUAUAUCAAGACUAA